CAAGCAUUGCUCGCGACAGUCUUCGCAUAAACUUCUAAGCAAACAGAAGAGCGUUUUGUUUUGGCGGCACAAUUUCACGAUUUUGUGAUUUCAUAUUUUAGUAACGUGUAUGAGACGCGUCGCGCUGCGCUGGUCAGCUCACUAUAUAACUUAUGACAACAACAACAGUAAUAAAGCAGAAAUAAAAAGAUAAAUAAAUGAAUGAUAAAUGUGGCUAGUUUCAAACCAACAAUAUUAAUACUCGAGACAAUAAAUAAGAAAUAAAAAAAUAUAAAAAAAGAACUUGAAGCGCGGCAAAGGAACGGCGAAAUAUUUGAAAGGCACGAAGAAGACAAAACAGACAACAGCGGUCAUACAGCUGAAUUUUAUGACCAACAAAUCAACAUAAAAACAGUUCCCAACAAAUCAAUUAGAUAACGAAACUCCAAAUAUUAUUGCGACUGACUUUGCUGAAGAAAAUUAACUAGCUAAAACUAUUUUCGUAAAUUUGCAGUGUGCGAAACCAAACAUAACCUCGAAUAUUUAAGUUUAAUCAACACAGAAUCUCUACGCUUUCUCGCAGUGUAUACCAAGCGCGUUGAAGGCAUCCUCAAUUAUCGAAAUAUUAAAAAAAAAAAUAAAAAAAAAGUUAAUAACUGUUAUUAAGAGCGGCAGUGACAGUGAAUUGAAAGCAAAAUUGCAACAGCCGAAAGUGUCAGCAACAACAAUUUAGUAAUCGACGCAGGGCCACACAAUAAAGCAACACAGCGAAGCGCUUUAGAGACGCAUACAGAUCACUUGACGGCAGUACAACGAACUAUAAUAAAUAGUUUUGUAACAAUAAUAACAACAACACCAAUCAGCGCGCCUGGUAAGACGCGUGAAUCACUCAAAGACACGUCACUAGCGCGAGCGAGGUACGCGGGCCGCCAACCACCACUUGAGUUUGUGUGCAUAUCAACAGCCGUCAAACAGCUGUGGGACGUUUGCGCAAGUUACACGCGCUGCUGCCGGCUAUCGACAUACGCGACUGCAGCAAGCUUAGCAGGCCCACACGCUUCCUUCAGCACGACAGCAACAGUUGGUGCUGUCUUCCGCACGCGUCACAACAACAACAACGACUGACGUAACGCGUCUAAUAAACGACAAAAAAAGGAGGGGGAAAAACAAAAAAAAAUUAAAUAAUAGAAAAACAAGUAUUAAAUUGACAACAGCACCGUCGGCAAUAAUAAAUUAGCAUCGCUUCAUUGUUUUGGGUUUAUCGGUGUCGUCGCGUCGCCGUCGUCGUUGUCGCCGCAGCAGCAGCAGCAGCAGCUUGGAUUUCGUCUUCGCAACCGCUUCUCAUUUUGUGUCGUGUUUUUUUUUUGUUCGCUGUGUUUGGUUUGUUGGCCGAAGCAAAUCAUAUUUGGCGAUGGCGUCACAAGGUGUCGCAGCAGCCAACUCAAGGCUAGCUCAGAUGCAGAUGCGCUUUCAACAGAAACAGCAACAGGAGCGUGAACAACGACGCCUGGAGAUGACUGAUGAGGGUGGCAGUAAUACGGAAGAUGUUGUUGACACCAAACGCAUAACAAACGGCAAGGUGCGUCAAAUGUUCGACGAGCGUAGACGCGGCGCCGGCAUUGAUCGUGCCAAUCCGCUGAAGCCAAUCGCCACAACGGCCAAAGGUACGUCGUCGCCGGUUAUGCGUCAGACCGGUGGUGCAAUACACAAUCUGCAAUCAACGAAAAAUGGCAACAUAACAACGGUACGCACGCGUGUCACGACCAAAGUGUCCACUGGUGGUACGACGUUGGUGCGUAGUCCACCGAAACGGUUACAGAACGGCAAUACUGAUACACUGUCAAAGGAAAUGUCAUCGCUUAGCUUGGGCUUGCAAUCUCCCGACGAGCGCAACAACAACAACGAUGCAUUGGGACGCGCGAAGUCAUCGAACAGUCUUAAACUGAAUCCCGUUGUAACAAAGAAAUCUCCUUCGCCAGUGAUGUCGACGCAGGCUGCUAAACGUCCGGUAAAUACUACAACGACGUCUACGGCACGUGCCACGCCAGCGCCUAGGACAAGCUCCGCUGCGAAAACUACCAAACGUACUGCAGUAGUUUCAAUGAAGACACCGCCACGAAGAACUUCGGGAAAUAUGGCUUCGAAUGUAAGUUGUAACACCAGAAUGCCAUCCAACGCUGAUGCGGACACCGGUAAUAUGGGUCUCUGCCGCUAUUGCAAUCGUCAUUUCAAUACGGAACGUCUGGCCAAGCACGAGGUGGUAUGCGAGAAAAUGGCACAUACCAAGCGUAAGAUUUUCGAUGCGGCGCGCCAUCGUUUGCGCGGCACAGAAGCCGAAAAGUAUCUCAAGAAAGCACAAACCCGUAACAGCAACAAAUCCGCAUACUCCAGCGCAGCGGCUGCUAGCGGCAUGACGGCCAGUCUGAAGAAGAACAAUUGGCGCAAGAAACACGAGGAAUUCAUACAAGCCAUACGCGCUGCCAAACAGGUGCAGGCGCAUUUGGCACGCGGCGGCAAGUUGAGUGAUUUGCCACCACCGCCACCGUCGGAGAAUCCUGACUACAUACAAUGUCCACAUUGUAUGCGUCGCUUCAAUGAAUCUGCGGCGGAGCGACAUAUACCACGCUGCGCCACAAUGUUGCAUAAUAAACCCAAACCGGGACAGGUGCCGAGAAAAAGAUAGGCAUUGCGUCAUAACUACAACCAGCCUUAUAUAGACACCUAUACACCCAAACAUACAGACACAAACACAUUUAAUCUCAUAGAAACUAACAACGCUGACUGGAAAGUUGUAAGAUCAGUUGCCUCCAGGUGCUAACAAGACGACGUAAGAGGCCAAUUGUCUGCGUGGACCGCCAAGAGUUUAGAUGACGACUUAAUGUUAAUGUAAACAGCGGUAUGCAUACACACCCUGUACAUGUGAUAAAUUAUUAUUGUAAACUUGACUUUUGGAAAAUUAUUAAAAUAUAAACUAAAUCAAAACCGA